AUGGCUUCCAAAUGCCUCAAGGCCAGCUUCUCAUCGGGGUCUCUCAAGGUCCCAGGAGGGGCUGGUGGGGGCUCAGCUCGCGUGUCCACAAUAUUCUCCAGCAGCUCUUGCAAGCUCCCCGGCUUGUCCCGGGGGCCCCGGAGUUUCUCUGCCUGUUCAGUCGGGCUGGGCAAGAGCAGCUGCAGGGCCGCCAGCUGCCUCCCUGCUCUCUGCCUCCCCUCCGGAGGCUUUGCUACCAGCUACGGCGUGGCCGGGGGCUGGUUCGGCGAGGGCAUCCUUACAGGCAAUGAGAAGGAGACCAUGCAGUUCCUGAACGACCGGCUGGCCAGCUACCUGGAGAAGGUGCGGCAGCUGGAGCGGGAGAACGCGGAGCUGGAGAGCCGCAUCCGCGACUGGUGUGAGCAACAGGUGCCCUACCUGUGCCCCGACUACCAGUCUUACUUCCAGACCAUCGAGGAGCUCCAGAAGAAGAUCCUGUGCACCAAGUCUGAGAACGCCAGGCUGGUGGUGCAGAUUGACAAUGCCAAGCUGGCUGCAGACGACUUCAGGACCAAGUACGAGACCGAGGUAACUAUGAGGCAGCUGGUGGAGUCGGACAUGAACGGCCUACGUAGGAUCCUGGAUGAUCUGACCCUGUGCAAGGCCGACCUGGAGGCCCAGGUGGAGUCCCUGAAGGAGGAGCUGCUCUGCCUCAAGAAGAAUCAUGAGGAGGAAGUGAACUCACUGCGCUGCCAGCUCGGUGAUCGACUCAACGUCGAGGUGGACGCUGCCCCGCCCGUUGACCUGAACCGUGUUCUGAAUGAGAUGAGGUGCCAGUAUGAGACCCUGGUGGAAAAUAACCGCCGGGAGGCUGAGGACUGGUUCAACACCCAGACAGAGGAACUGAACCAGCAGGUGGUGUCCAGCUCGGAGCAGCUGCAGUCCUACCAGGCAGAGAUCAUUGAGCUGAGACGUACGGUCAACGCCCUGGAGAUUGAGCUGCAGGCCCAGCACAGCAUGAGAGAUGCUUUGGAAUCCACCCUGGCGGAGACGGAGGCCCGCUACAGCUCCCAGCUGGCCCAGAUGCAAGGCCUGAUCGGCAACGUGGAGUCGCAGCUGGCGGAGAUCCGCUGUGACCUGGAACGGCAGAACCAGGAGUACCAGGUGCUGCUGGACGUGCGGGCCCGGCUGGAGUGUGAGAUCAGCACGUACCGGGGGCUGCUGGACAGCGAGGACUGCAAGCUCCCUUGUAACCCGUGUGCCCCGGACCACUCGCCCUCUAAGUCUUGCCUCCCCUGUCUUCCUGCGGCCUCCUGUGGGCCUGGCACAGCCCACACCACCUGUAGCCCCCGCCCCAUCUGCGUGUCCUGCCCGGGAAGCCGGUUCUGA